AUGAGAAAAACAGUAUUACGCCCAAAUGAAGAACACUUUGUUGUUUUGGAACCAAAAGAUGUUGCACGUGCUUCUUUUGACGUAAUUGAUUUAAUUAAUAAACUAGGAGAAGAUUCGUCGCGAACUCAAGGCUUGAAGCAUAUUAUUACUACGUAUUCAUCAUUUUCGAACUCUGAUAAUAAUCGAUUAUACAUUCUGUAUGAUGAUGGUAAUACUCGUCCUGUAGGUUUUAUCAAAACAGGGUAUAAACAUCUUUAUAUUUUCGAUGUUUACGGAUUUCAACACGAAAUGACACCACUCUGCCUUCUUGAUUUCUUUGUUUGUAAUGAUGUUCAAAGACGUGGUUAUGGUAAGAAAAUGUACGAUUACAUGCUCAAAUGCGAAAAUGUUGAGCCUCAACAGAUAGCUAUUGACAGACCUUCUCCGUUAUGCUUAUCAUUUAUGAAAAAACAUUUCGGACUCUCGGAAUACGUUCCUCAAACUAAUAAUUUCGUAGUUUUUAAUCAAUACUUCGAAACAAAGGAGACUCCAUCUUAUCCAAAACCAAAUAUUUCAAUGACACCUCAAAAACCAAAAUAUCAUCCGGUUGAUUUCUCAACAUUGAACCAAAAUAAUAACCGUGUUUCAACUCCACAAAAACAGAGAUAUAAUCCAAUUACUUGGGAACCAAUGUAA